GACACUUUUCUUUUACAAAUAUUACAUGAAUAUAUAUUUGCCGGCCAAAUGUACAAAGAGAAUUCAAACUUCUCUAGCAUUUUUUUGCCAUUUAUAGUUAUUAUCACCGCUCAUAUCAUUCCACAUAAUUUUGUGAGAUUCGCUUCGUGUAAGGACAUAAUGGGUUGUGUAGUAGGCAAGGGUUAUAGUUUCACUCCGGAGAGACUUGAGAGGAUGAAAAAUGAGAAUAGUUAUGUUAAAGGAAAUAGAGUUGAAAAACAACAACGACAAAGAGAACAACAACAAAUGAGGGAUAUGUCUCGAAUUCGCGAUCAAGAAGGGAAUCAUGUACUACUUGAUCACGAAGAGAAAAGAAAUGGAAAUAAUGGAGUUAAAAUAGGAAUAAUUGAUCAAUUACAAAGAGUUAUAAUAAGUGAUAAUGGUAGGAAAAUAGGAGGAGAUGAUCAAUUGGUAGAUGGAUGGCCUAAGUGGCUUGUUGAUAAUGUUCCUAAAGAGGUUUUGGUUGGUUUAGUUCCAAAGACUGCUGAUUCAUAUGAAAAGCUAGAUAAGGUAGGGCAAGGGACAUAUAGCAAUGUGUAUAAAGCUAGAGAUAGGAAAAGUGGGAAACUAGUAGCCUUAAAGAAGGUUAGAUUUGAUACAAGUGAACCAGAGAGUGUGAAAUUUAUGGCAAGAGAGAUUAUAAUAUUGAAGAAACUUGAUCAUCCAAAUAUUAUAAAACUUGAAGGAUUAGCUACUUCAAGAAUGCAUUAUAGUCUUUAUUUGGUAUUUGACUUUAUGCCAUCUGAUUUAACUAAACUUAUUAAUCACACUCAAGGAAUUAGACUCACUCAACCUCAGAUAAAAUGUUACAUGGAGCAAUUGUUAUGUGGACUUGAACAUUGUCAUGAAAGAGGAAUAUUGCAUAGAGAUAUUAAGGGGUCCAAUUUGCUAAUAGACAAAAAUGGGAUACUAAAAAUAGGUGAUUUUGGACUUGCAAAUUUCUAUGAAACAAAGACAAAGAGGCCCCUAACAAGUAGAGUUGUCACACUUUGGUACAGAGCACCAGAAUUACUUUUGGGUUCCACUAAUUAUAGUGUUGGAAUUGAUCUUUGGAGUGUUGGUUGUCUUUUGGCUGAAAUGUUUAUUGGAAGACCUAUUUUGCCUGGUAGAAAUGAGAUUGAACAACUUCACAAGAUAUUUAAGUUAUGUGGUUCACCAACAGAAGAAUAUUGGAAGAAAGUGAAGCCACCGACAACAUUUAGACCACCGCAACACAAGCCAUGUUUUGGACAAUUUUUCCCCAAUUUGCCUCAUUCUGCUUUUCCCCUCUUAUACACACUUUUGUCUGUUGAGCCUCACUUGCGUGGCACUGCUUCUACUGCCCUUCAAAAUGAAUUCUUUACAACAAGCCCAUUAGCAUGUGGGCUCUCCGAAUUGCCUGUUUUCAAAGUGGAAGAAGAUGGGCCGGCCCAAUCCAUUGAUAUCACAAGGAAGAGAGAUUCAAAAGGCAAACGGGUUAAGAAAAAUAGGGAGGGCUAUAGAAAAUUGCUCUCCAAUAUUUCUGAAAACUCAAAAGAGGAAAAGCAAGGGGAGUCAAGUAACCAAAGCCAAGAUAUGGGUGAAAUUAGUAGUAAUUCAUUUUCCUUAAACAUGAUUAAUAAUAAUAAUAAUCAAAGUCCUCCUCCAUCACCAACUCCAUUUUUCAAAUUUAGAAACAUUAAUCAAUUUUCUAAAACUGAGGCACAUCCUAAUGCUCUCAAAAACAUUAAAAAUUAUCCAAUUUUAUUAGCCUCUAUUACUGAAGCAGCCAAAAAUUAUGAAGAUAAUAGAUUAAGUCUUAAUCGUAGGUCAAUCUCAACCAUUGAUUUUAGAAAUCAUCAUGAUCUAAUGGACCACAAAAUCUCUAACAUAUUUAGCUUUGAAGAUACUAGUUAAUUACUUAAUAGUAAAUUUUGAUUUUGAUCUUUGAUCAACUGUAUUGGACCUUUAAUUAAUAAA